AUGGUUCGAGGCGAAAUUUCAUAUAGAAAUGAUAUUUGCAAUCCCCAGGCUAUAACGAAACGUAGCAAAGCUAUAUCUAGAAUUCAACCGGAUAGAAUAGAAGCAUCUUUUAAUGUUAAAAGUGAAAAAAUAACUGACGUUAAAAAACUUCUUGAAAAGCAUUUUGGUGAUGCCUGGAGAGAGUUACCUGACUUAGAGUAUUACAAAAAUGUAUUGUCUCAAAAUGAAAACUUGCCACAACAAGACGAUGAUAAUGCAGUAAAUGAUGAUGCUGAAUACCUACCAGAUGAAAUCUUGGAUUUUAUGUAA